AUGUUCAGCAAGAAGUCCCCCAAGGAUUUGGCGAGGGACAGCAAAGGGCGCUUCUUCUUGGACAGGGACGGGUUCUUGUUCCGCUACAUCCUCGAUUACCUGCGAGACCUGAACCUGGUCCUGCCGGACUACUUCCCAGAGAAAAGUCGUCUGCAGAGGGAAGCCGACUUCUUCCAGCUGCGGGACCUCGCCAAGCAGCUGAGCCCCCGCGUGAGCAAGGACAACUCGAUCAGCGACGAGAUCGGCCAGAGCGACCCGGAGGACGGCGCGCAGCAGAGCGGCCCCUCCGGCGGCGCCGAGACUUUACGCGCCGCGUCGGUCGCCGGGGCGACGCGCUCCCCGUCUCUGGACUCCAGGAAGUCGGGCUACAUCACCAUAGGUUACCGCGGCUCCUACACCAUCGGCAGAGAUAUCCAGACCGACGCCAAAUUCCGUCGGGUGGCGCGCAUCACGGUGUGCGGGAAGACGGCCCUGGCCAAAGAGGUGUUUGGGGACACGCUGAACGAGAGCAGAGACCCGGACAGGCCCCCGGAGAGAUACACGUCCCGGUACUAUCUCAAGUAUAAUUUUCUGGAGCAGGCGUUCGACAAGCUGACCGAGGUGGGCUUCCACAUGGUGGCCUGCAGCUCCACGGGCACCUGCGCCUACACCAGCAAUGACCCAAACGAGGACAAGAUCUGGACGAGCUACACCGAGUAUGUCUUCUGUCGGGAUUAA